GCGUGAGCAGCAGCCGCAGCGCGUGAGUUCCGCGUGUCCUGCACUGAUGAUGGCUGUCACGAGGUUAUUGUCACCGGCGUCCGUUCACGCUCUGCGCCUCGGAGCAAGAACUCUUCCACAUCUCGUCCGAAGUGUUCAGGUUCGGAGUCACAGACUCGGACCAGCAGAUGAUGAGAUCUAUCAGAAGACUUCAGUGUCAGUGCUCCAGAAGGAGGCAUCAGGAGGAACCAUCAUCUACAGUUACAGUCCGCGCGGAUUCAACAUCGACGGGAAUAAAGUGUUCGGACCCUGUGCUGUUAUACCGCCCGCAAUACUGCAGUGGAAUGUGGGCUGUCACACAGAUAUAACUGUGGAGAGUUUGUCUCUGUUUUAUCUGCUGGAGCCACGGAUUGAGAUUCUGGUGUUGGGAACCGGAUCUCGUACUGAACGUCUGGAUCCAAACGUUCUCGCAUUCCUUAAGAAGAAAGGAAUUGCUGUAGAAGUCCAAGACACGCCGAACGCAUGUGCGACAUUCAACUUCCUGUCGAGUGAGAGGCGAAUAACAGCGGCCGGUUUGAUUCCUCCUCCAGCGUCGACAGUCAUCGAUUAACUGAUUACAUAUGUUAUAUAAUCUUAUAAGAGAAUAGCAGCAUCACAUGAGCAGACAAACAGCAGUGUGAUUAAAUCUGUGUGAGAAUCAUUAUAGAACUGACAACAUGAAUAUCCUGUUUUAUUAUUAGUCCAUGUCUGUCAUUAUAAAUGAUAUUUGUGAUUAAAUGCCUGUGAUUGUGUGUAUGGAUGCAGAGAUUAAAGGUGUGUACUCGUGUAUGUGCUUAUAGAUUGGAUUGUUUGGCGUGGUUUUUUAUUCAUCAGAGUCGACAUCACAGUCUCUGGGGUCCCUGAAGAUGAACUCUGACCCCGUGAUGCAGCGGUACAGAUCCAUGAUGUCAUCAGUCUCCAUCUCAAAGUGUGUCGUGGGGUCAUACGAGAGUGAGAUGAAGAUCUAAAUGAAAACACAUUACUGUAAACAAAGCCGUAAAUCUGCAUUGCAUACUCGAGAACACGAGUGCACUAGAUGUGCACUAGACUGCUGCGGCCGUCUGUAGGGAGCAUCAGAUUACUGACCGACACACACAGUCACUGACAUGUACAGUAAAACUACAGCUGGAACUUCACACAGAUGUGAUUAAACCCCAUUGACUUGCAUUGGAAGUGUCUCACUGGAACACACAUUUAAAGAAGAGGAGGAACGAGUCGAAAUUAAUGUUUAUGGUAAUCAACAUUAUAACACAAAUACUGUCGACUGAGAUUCACUUGUACUGAACCCGGAAUAUUCCUUUAAGUGAACAAACUCAGUUGUGAGCUUCUGAUUGGUUGGUUCUUCUCCAUGAUGGGCUCCAGCAGGGCUGAACUUCCUUCUUUGAGUUACUGGUUCCCACCAUUAUGUUCACGACAGCACUAUACUUCCCUUCUGCUGCACAUUAUCAGAGUAUAACACCACACACAUGUAGAUAUCUGCAGAAGAUCACAGACAAUAUCAGAAAAGUGGAAGACUCGAUAUUCUCCAUGUGAGAUUCUUGCAACUUAUUACACGGCUGCUUGUCAAAUAAAUGGACAUGAAAUAUUGAUCUGAGAGUGAUUCAGGAAGUAUUCAUGUGUGUUUUUUAUGAGUAUCGUGGUGAAGCAUCAGGAUGAUAAACUGAUACCCUUCAGGACACUGAAUGUGAUCAUGUAUGAACAUGUGAAUUGAUCAUGUCAUUAUCACACAUGUAUAUCCUGUUUGAUUUGAUAGACAAAAACAUGAAUUUCAAGUCUCGUCCGAGUGUUGUGGAAUUUCUGACGAGUUCACUCAUAAACAGAAUUAUUGAAAUACUGACACAAACUCACUAGAUGAACUGUUAAAAGACAUAAAAUACAAAUUGAGGUUGAGUUCCGGCCGUUUACAGCACGACACAUUUAUUGCUCUUCUUGCCCUGUCGGGCCUGCAGCGCCGCCCUGGUGGCAAUCUUGAAAACCUCCCUCAACCCAUCAUUCGUUUUCGUUGAACACUCCAUGUAUCCAAAGGCACAGAUUCUGUUGGCCAUGUCGCGGCCCUCCUCCGGUUUCACGGUCUCCUGCGGGAGAGACGGUAAUAACACAGUUAUAACACACAGCGCUUCAGCGUGAGGAAACGUUAUUCACUAUCAGUGUGUUUAAAGCAAUUAAAAAUGGGUAAAAACGACAAAAAACAGCAGCUAUAAAGUAUCACAACAACAGUUUGAGUGUGAAAAAUCUGUUUUGACAGUCCAAGUAUUUGAGCUGUUUUAUUUGACAUGUUUACUGACUGAAAAAUGAAGUAAAAAUGCAACAUUGGGCAUUUGUGCUCAAACUUUGUCUAUAAUCACAGAUAAAAUAUUAUUGUAUUUGUUUUAUUAAUUAAUUACACCAAUAGCAAUAAUGCUCAUUAGUUUUAGUCACAUUUCUAAAAAGUUCCUGAAUUUACUUUGACUGAUUUAUAUACUGUUGUAUAGUGACUGUUUUGAUCUCCACACACACCUGCUUCAUCUUGAAGAGUUCACGGCGUGUGUGUUCAUCGUUCGGCAGGUCCUUCUUGUUACCAGGAUUAUGGGAAUAUUUGGACAGAAAUGUUUCACCUCUGAAACGUGUUAAUAUGUGUUUAUAUGUGUUUAUAUGUGAAUUAAUGUGUUUAUAUGUGUUUAUAUGUGAAUAAAUGUGUUAAUAUGUGUUUAUAUGUGGAUAUAUGUGUUUAUAUGUGAAUAAAUGUGUUAAUAUGUAAAUGAGUGUU